UCAGUUUACGUCUUCUGACGUCAUUACGCACCUAGUGUUUGGUUUCCGCGCGGAGCCGAUAUGGCAGCGACCAUCCUCGACAGUAAACCGGGCGAGCAGCCGACUGAUGGAGGGGAGGACGCGGACAGGUCGAUGUUGAGCACCGACAGCAGUGGGAGUGGAGAUGACUCCACGGACGGUCUCUCUAAACGCGUCCCCUGCUGUCCUCUGACCCCAUCGCUGUCUCCACGGAAACGGACCAUGAGCCAGUCCAAGACGGAGCCUCCUCUGCUGAGGACCAACAAGAGAACCAUCUACACUGCAGGCAGACCACCGUGGUACAAUGUCACCGGGACCACCUUCAAAGAGGCCUUCGUCAUUGGUCUGUGUGGAGGAAGCGCGUCAGGAAAAACCACAGUGGCCAAUAAGAUCAUUGAAGCACUGGAUGUCCCCUGGGUGGUUCUGCUUUCCAUGGAUUCCUUCUACAAGGUGUUGAAUAAAGAAGAGCAGGAGCUUGCUGCUAGACAUGAGUACAACUUUGAUCACCCCGAUGCCUUCGACUUCGAGCUGCUAAUCACCGUCCUCAGAAAGCUGAAGAAGGGGAAAAGCAUCAAAGUGCCGGUGUAUGACUUCACCAGCCACAGCAGGCGCAAGGAAUGGAAGACAGUUUAUGGAGCUAAUGUGGUGAUCUUUGAGGGCAUCUUGGCCUUCGCCAACAAGGAGCUACUUAAGCUUCUGGACAUGAAGGUGUUUGUCGACACAGAUUCAGACAUCCGCCUGAUACGCAGGCUGAAGAGGGACGUCUCUCAGCGUGGACGCGACAUCAACGGCAUCAUCAAGCAGUACAAUAAGUUCGUGAAGCCAGCAUUCGAGCAGUACAUUGAACCGACGGUGCAAGUUGCUGACAUCGUGGUGCCCAGAGGUGGAGAAAACUUUGUAGCUUUAGACUUGAUUGUUCAACAUGUCCACAGUCAGCUGGAGAAGAGGAAGCUUCGCUGGGAUAUAUCGGCCCUCGCCUCGGCUCAUCAGGGUCAACCUUUACCCAAAACCCUCAGUGUGAUGGAAAGCACACCUCAGGUCUGCGGCAUGCACACCAUCAUCAGGAACAAGGAGACUAACAGAGAUGAGUUUAUCUUCUACUCCAAGAGAUUAAUGAGGCUGCUGAUAGAACAUGCCCUCUCCUUCCUGCCCCUCAAGCCGGUUUCGGUGGAGACACCUCAAGGCACCAUCUAUGACGGAAAGAGGCUGAGCGGUAAAAGAAUCACUGGCGUUUCCAUCCUGAGAGCCGGGGAGACCAUGGAACAGGCUCUGACCGCCGUCUGUAAAGACAUCCGACUGGGAAAGAUCCUCAUUCAAACCAACCACGAUACAGGAGAACCUGAGCUUCACUACCUUCGUCUGCCUAAGGAGAUCAGUGAAGACUAUGUCAUCCUGAUGGACAGCACCGUCUCCACCGGAGCUGCUGCUCUCAUGGCUGUCAGAGUUCUGUUGGAUCACGAUGUGGCCGAGGACAAGAUCUUCCUGCUCUCGCUGCUCAUGGCAGAGAUGGGCGUCCACUCGGUGGCCUACGCUUUCCCUAAAGUCCGUAUCAUCACCACCGCUGUGGAUAAGGAGGUCAACGACCAGUUCCACAUCAUUCCAGGAAUUGGUAACUUUGGGGAUCGUUACUUUGGUACCGACGCUCCAUCAGAUGUUUGUGAAAGCGAUGAAGGGAUGGACUUCUGAGGAGGGAAUAAACACAUCUGAAUGUUUCAGGAGCAUUUUGCUGUGAAAGCAGCAACUGGAAAAUAAAUUCCAGCUUAAUCUGCGCGACUAAAACAACUGAGGUGCUCUAAACUUGUUCCUGUUGGAUCCCAGAGAACGAGCUUGAUGUGGAGGGAAAUCUGCUUUAUGUGCAUAAGCUUACAGAAGUGUUUAAAGGGACCAGAGUCGAAUGUUUCCUGUCAUGCAGGGAUACCCUUGGUUGGCUCUGAAUCACUUCCAGAACAUUUGCUUUCAUAAUUACAGGCCAUAUUGUUUUGUGUGUUAAUUUCUCCUGUGAUACUUUUAAUUUCCUUUUUAUGUCAGUUUACUAAAGACACUUAAAAUUGGCAAAUAUCUCUUAGGAUUGUUGCACUAUCCAAGGCCGGAUAUUGUAAAUAAAUGAAUUGAAUUUAAAUUCAGCGUAGAUCAAGCUAGAUCUGUGAUCAGUUUUAAUUGGAUUUAACAACAGUUGGUGUUAAUCUAUGUUUUGCACUAAGAUGUUGCAUGAAUAUAAGGCAACAUUUUCAUCUGUGAAGAUGAUUAUUCUCCACGUUUCUGUCCGAAUUUAAUAUAUUAGUGCAUGGUUAGCAGGGGAAUGCGAUGAUGUUGGUUAGGUUGAAGCUUUCUGGAAGAAUUUGGGCACAUUACAGUUUAUUGUCUUCAGUCAAGCUGUAAAUGUUCUUAUCUCAGGCAACUUCCACCAAAAGGGACACCAAUCAUAACUACUUGAAGAUUGAUGAUAGAAUGAAAAAGUCAAAGAUUUAACUUAUUUUUCUUUAUUUUUUUCUUUUGAUUUUACUCCUCAAAUUUUAACAUUGCUUACUUAAACAAUGUAUGCCUAUAAGAGCUUGAUUUGUGUUGUUUUUUUAACAAUGCAACAGGUUUUGUUGAUCCUCUAUAUUAAAUACCGUUAUACUAUGGGAUUUGGUCAAAGAUAAUUUGUCAUUGGUUCAGGUUGUGUAUGUAAACUGGCCCUUAAAGGGACCUGUUUUGCUGCUGUUUAACCAUGUUUUACAUGGUUAUUUGUUUUGUUUACAGUAAACUACAUUUUCCAUAUCACAUCUGUAAAUGAAAUAUUUUACUCAGUUUUUUGCAGAGAUAUAGUCAAUACAAGUAAUUUCAGGUCAUUUUAAAAGACUGUGUUCAUUUUAGCCUUGCUACUGUCAAAGUUUAAAGUCAGACAUUUCCUCAGUUGUGCUCAGCUACAAAUAUGUCCAUUUUUUUUAUCCAGCUGUCAUCAUGUGUAUGUAAAACCUUUACGUUCAUAAAAUAUAGUGAUAUGCAUUUAUAUAAAAUAUAGGAAAUCAAAAUACAGCUGACUUGAAAUAACUUCCAGGUGUUACUUGUAUGAAUGCUUACCUCAUAAGGUAACUUUCUGAAAACCAGUAUUCAUCUUAGGCAUCCAGAGGAACAAUAAAUGUAUGUACUCUGGUAAUCUGUGCCAUUUUAUCUUAAACUGUUGUAUUAACUGCCAUAAAUGGAUACUGACUCUGUUUCUGUGAGCCUCUCGUUGCUUAAACAGAAUUAAUAAAUACUUCAAACUGA